UGUAAAUUCCUGGACCUAGAGGAACAUGUCUGAAGCGUAAGCUGUGAGUUAGUACAACAAACAGUCGUUGAAUCGGAAGGGACUACACAAGAAGACACAGACAGCACAGCACAAUCAUGGCAUCCUCUGAUCCCAACAAGUUGUUAACCAAAGCUGAUAAACUAACAAAACUCAGUCUCACUAGGUGGAGUGCUGAUUGGAAGACUGCUACUGGUCUUUAUGAGCAGGCUGCUAUUGGGUUUAGAGCUUCCAAGAAUCAUGAGAAAGCCAAGUUGGCUUUUGAGAAAGCUUCGCAAGGACAAGAGAUGCUUUCUUCACCUUGGGAUGCAGCUAAGCUCAUGGAAUCUGCUGCUGCUCUGGCCAAGGAACUGAGCAACUGGAGAGAAGUUGGAGACUUCUAUCAAAAGGCAUCUCAGUUGUACAUGGAGUGCGGUAGACCACAACCUGCAUCGGACGCUCUUGCAAAGGGAGCUCGUGCUUUGGAAGAUACCUUGCCUGAAGAAGCUAUUCAGUUAUAUACAGAUGCUUGUACAAUUCUGGAAGACGAUGAUAAGGAUCAGAUGGCGUUUGAUCUAUACCGUGCUGUAACUAGUGUUUAUAUAAAACUUGAGAAAUAUACAGAUGCCGCAUCUUCCCUGUUGAGAUUGGGCUUGGCAGCUGACAAAUGCAAUGCUACCAAUAGUCAAUCCAAGGCUUAUCUUAGUGCCAUUAUUGUCUACCUUUAUGCUCACGACUUUCAGCAAGCAGAGAAGUGUUAUAAUGACUGCUCUCAGAUUGAAGCUUUUCUCAAAAGUGACCACAAUCGCUGCGCUAGCAAGUUUCUUGCUGCUUACACAGAUGGAGACGUCGACGAAAUCAAAAAAAUUGCUCAGUCUAGUGGUGUUAACCAUCUUGACCAUGCAAUCAUUCGGCUCGCAAGGAAACUUCCAACUGGCGACGUGAGUGCAUUAAAGACUGCCACGGCCGAAGAUGACGAGGAACCACUGGACGAAAAUGACCUGACUUAACUUCUAGUAGUGUUCUAUUUAUACAGCAUUGGUGCAGAACCUAUUACUAGUUGAUGAGUGAAUUGAAUUGUUUGGUGUAUAUUGAUUUUUGUAUAAAAAUAUACUGUUCUUUUUACUGGGUAUAUAUAUGCAUAUUGAAAUUGAAAUGCAGGUAAUAAGAGGGAUGUUAUUCAAUCAA